AUGCCGAGGUGGAGAUUAAUUUCAACAAGGCUCUUCCAAAUAUCGAUCGACCAUGAUUCAUCGCGGCAAGACCCCGCAAAACAAAUUACGGCUGUGUCUCAAGAAAUUUUGGUUGGAGCGCCCAUCAUAUCGUGGGAAAAGGUGGCUUUUUGCCGGCCGAAUACACAAAAUAUUUGCGCAAAUGUGAGCUUGUUCUCGGUGCUCGUCGCUCGCUUUGGAAAUCCCGCUGCAUCGACGAUGAUAAAAAGACUUGAAGGUACCAUGUGUCGAAUCGAGCAGUUGCAGACCAAGCAGACCGAAUAUUGA